AUGGAGGAUAAGAGGAAGAAGGAGAGCAUGGCGCGGACCAACGAGAAGAUCCAGGAGGCCUCCAAGAGGGCCAAGUAUGUUUAUGGUAACAUAGAGGAUCUUGAUGCCACUGAGCUCUUUGAUAUGUAUCGUGAGCUCUCACGAGUAAAGCAAGAGAUCAAUGAUCGCUUGCCUACCUUGCUCCAUGAGGACAAAGUAGAAGCUGGUGGUCGUCUUAGAGAUCCAUCACUGUUGCAGCCCACUUGGUGGCGUUCCAUGUCUCCACAAGUUGCGACACCGCCAAAGUAUCCUCCAUGGGCUCCCUUCCAAGCUUGCUUCCAGCAACAUCCAUGGUCGUCCAUGCAUCAGUGCUAG